UGUCUGACGCGUUAUUACAGUUGUUACAGCAGCCAGCAUCUGGCUCCUCACUGUCUUAUUACAGUUAUUACAGCAGCCAGCAUCUCUGCAUCUGCAUGCAGUAGCAGUACUGUAGUGUAGUGUCAUCUUCCCCGGCCCAGAGCGUCCUCAGCCGCCUUAAAUACAGCACCUAGUCUUCUAUCACACCACACACACACUGUCCAACAGCUAGCUCCACCUCAGCUGCACUACACCUCCCGGGCCAGCCGCCGGUCAGCAUGGAGGUGGUGGUGGAGUGCGCCAAGUGCGAGUGCUGCGGCCUGGUGGAGGACUGCACCCGGGACUACAUCCUGGGCGUGCGCGCGGCCUUCGGCGGGCGGUGGCUCUGCGGCCUCUGCUCCGAGGCGGUGCGGGACGAGGCGGCCAGGGGCACGGCGAGAGGCGCCGCCGCCGCCGCGGCGGGGCUGGAGGACGCGCUCCGGGACCACAUGGCGUUCUGCGGCAAGUGCAGGCGGAGCCCCGCGUUCCGGGUCGCCGACGGCAUGCGCCAGAUGCUGCGCAGGUGCUCCAAGUGAGACGGCGCCGGCGCGCCGGCCGCGUUGGCGUUGCACGGCGAAAAUCGGCAGUGCGACCCGCGUCGUCUAGCGAGCCUUGGAGAAGACAAGACAAAACACGGCGGGCACGCCGCGUUGUUGCUGUGUCGUCGUCUCUGCAGUGAGCUGCUGGCAACAUUAUGUAUGUGCAAGAAAAUGGCAUGGCAGUCGGCAGUAUUAGGGCCUUGUUUAGUUUGCCGGUCUCUGAAAAUCCAGGGACUCGUAGGUGUUGUAAAGCUAGCUAGCUAGAACGCCCCUGCAUCAGUGCCAUUAGGCUUGGAGAAAGCUUGGUUGUAGUGUAGAGUACAUUCUUCGGGCUACAUCUGUUUCGUCAAUAACGAAACUACGUGUAGGGCCUGCACGGCAGGCGAAAAUAGCACGUAGUAUAAUUUCAUUCCUACAUAUUCGGUG